AUGCCAACAGAUCGCUCUUUAUGGGUGGAGGACAAGUAUGCACUGCGAUGUCGCGGGUGUGCCAAGAAGUUCACGGUCUUUCGCCGUCGCCACCACUGCCGUAGGUGUGGUCAGGUAUUCUGCUACGAGUGCCUCAACGCUCUACCAACGGCCACCUCCACACCACAGAACAUCGUCUUCAGCGUCUACCAGUGGUUUUCGUCGUCGCCGACUACGCCGAUUAGAACGCCGACGUCACCCCAAGCGCGGAAGACUACUGAGAAAACGGAAGUCGUCGGCAGUAGCCGUGACGGGACCGCUGCUGCGGGGGGCGCUACCGUCGCAGCAGCGGAGCUUUCUAUGCGUCUUUGCUGUCGCUGCGCUGCCACCGUUGCAGAAAAUGCUGCGCGAGAAGCCUCUGUGCCGCACGACGAGUUUGAACCCUCUUCGCUCACAGUCAGCAGUGCCACCUUAUUGCGGCCGAAGAUGGCGUCGCCGCUUAUGCGGAGUGUGUCACUACCGUGCCCGCCGCUAUCGAAGCUGAACACGCCAAUGCGACUUAGCGAGAGGAGUCAUCCAGAAGAGGCGCAAUUGCCCGCCCCACAGCGUACCCCGCCAUCCUUUGAAGCGGCGCUUCAGUGGGAAGUCGAAGACUCCCCUUACAUGGUGGCCCCCCAGUCGUUGGACAGCACAGCAAUACAUGCGGAGACAGCCGAGGAGCGCGAGGUCACAUACUCCAUCGGCCGCGUUCGGCGUCCACCACCGUCGGUCUUGACGCAGUGGUGGACAGCUCAUCAGGAGGCUCUGAUCAACAAGGAAGCGCGCACCUUCCCGGUGCAGCGGACAAGCCCAUGCGCAUCCACCUUGGAGAGGGUGGCAGCACUUGUGCGGACGCUGAGCGGCCCCGCCGACUUUCACGCGCACUUCUUCCUAGAAGAAGAUGUGACGCAGUCACCAUCGGACCCCAAUGGUGGCGUGAUGGGGAGCGCAGCGGUCAUUCCUGUUGCCCACGCUCCGGCGCCGCUGCGCGGAUUCCUGAACGACUUCGGCGCUGCAUGCACGGCCCACUUCAAGGCGCGUAUUCAGCACACGCUUCAAUCUUCCUUCCCUAACCUUGGCAAAUCGUCACUGUGGUGCCACGUCGCUGAUGUCGCCUGGCACAUCGUAAGGCAUACCGCUGUCGCCCUCGACGCCAGCAUUGUUGAUCACUUGUCCAGCUUUUUCAUCCUGGACCCCGCGCAGCCGGCACAGUGUAUCGUGUACCCGGGCCUAGUGAACCGUCGACGUCUUCCUUCGAAACGAGUCAUGAGUCCGUGCGACCAUCCGCGCGUGCUGCUGCUCGCGGGGCAUCUCUCCUACCCAGUGCAGCCGACCGAAGACCUCGUUGACUAUGUACGCUCUUACAGCGGCUACCUGGACAAGUUGUUCCAGCGGCUGGUGAUGUGGCACCCCGAUGUGAUUGUUGUCGAAGGUGGCAUGCACCAUUACCUGCGCGCACGCAUCGAGGAGGAGGGCCAGAUGCGCCUCGUGCUGGACGUUGGGCGUGACUUUCUCGUCCAGCUGUCAUGGUGCUUGCGUGCUGACAUCAUCGCUGACCUUCAGUACGUUGGAGUUGGCGACUUGGCCACCACCGCGCCGCUGGGUCACUGCACCCGCUUCGAGGUGCUCGAGUUGGCAGAGGAAGUGCACUGCUGCGGCUUCCGCGGCUUCGACGCGCUGACGUAUCACACCCUCGUCCUCCGCGGCGCUUGUCCAAGCGGGGGUGUCGUUGCGCACGACAGCAGCAACAGUGAGCGGCAGUGGGAGGCAAUGGAAAAGGUGGUAAGGGAGGCAGUUGCCGUUGCCUAUCAUCUGGCUCUGCAGGCACACGGUGCCGCUGCACUUGUUCGCAAAGGCUUGCCUGUUUCCGUCAGUGGUGCCGCGCCGACCGCAGAGGAAGCCGCCGCCGCCGCCGCCAUCACCAUGAAUCUCGGAUGCCACUUCCCGUCGUCGGUGCAGUCCGCGUGCCGCGACGCCGCGAAUCCCGCUGCGCUCUCCACUCUGAAGGACAAUAUCGUGGUGAACAUUGUGCACAUGGAUGAGCUGUUCGAGGGGGGAGGCGGCGGUGGUGGUGGAAGUGCCGUCGCGAGCACGCUGACCAAGUCGCGGAGCACCGACCUGUCCCUCGAGCCCGGUGCCUCUCGCGGCUCGCUCAUCCUUUUCCAAGGUGGCUCACACCUCGACUUAACUGCCAGCGGCGCUGCAUCAGCGUCGCCCAGCGCUCCGCUGCUGAGCCCGCCUCUCGGACGCGCUGAGGCACCAGCGGCGAACGCCUACGCGGUGGUGCAGCAGAAAUCUGCCUUGACCUUCUAUGGCGCCGGAGACGAGAGCCUCUUCCACUUUCUGGUGAGCCGCUGCGCUGGGAAGGAGUCGCAGGUGCUCUACUUACACGGCGUGCAUCGAGUGAAGGUGACCACGUCGACCAGUGCACCUCUCCCCUCUGCAGCGGCCAUACUCACGGAGAGCGGUCUCGCCGGUGUCUUGGUUGCUGCGCAGAUGCUGGCGUUUCACAAGGUUACAUCGCGGCAGAGCGCUGCGAGGGCGGUGGCCGCGACGAAGCCGCUGGAUGCGUAUGCAUUAGCCGCCUUCGUUGCGCAUCUGAAGGGACACUUUUCUCUUCGAAUCCGCGUGGUGGACGAGGAUGCAAAGGAAGCGGCAGCGGAUGCAGCGGCCGUGGCUGCCGCCCCGGUCGACGCCAUGGUGGAGGUCUGCGAGCCGCAUCUCCUCAACCUCUCCACCGCCGCCUUCCUGGAGUGGGUGCUGUACGGCUGGAUACCCGCGCUCUCGAGGCAAUCGGCGCAGCCGAGUCUGCAGUUGCAUUUCCAGUUCCAUUCCUUAGGGACGGCUGCGCAGCAGCAGCAACCCAGUUCUACCAAUGUCUCCGGCUACGCCAACGCCGUGACAUUCCUGGUGGAGGCAGUGCCUCUGUCUCGCAUCGAGUACCCGCGAACCCUGAUGCCGCGCACCGCUCCUACGCCACAGACGGAGGGUUCCUCUGAGAAGGAUGCGAUGACCAUCGUCGAUUGUCUCUACGCCCAAGACGAAGCCGAGGAAAUGGAGAGUCUUCUCGCCGAGCUGCACCAGGUGACCCGCACCUCCUUGGAUCGGAUGGAGCAGCUGGAGAACGCCAAGGCAGGUGCGCCGGGUGCAGCGCUCCCGGCAAAUACUGCAAACGUUCCAGAGGACGCGGAAGGAAAGGCAGCCACCGCCGCCAGGCCGUCGUCGAUGCCCACCCUGGAGCGUUCCACGAGGGACUUGCGCCAGCUGUCGGAAGACGUACAGCACGCGCUUUCAGUCCUUCAAGAUGCACGCCAGCGUGGACAUCCGGAUGUGGUUCUUCUUCUUGCCAAUAUCCGCAGUCACCUGCUUCCCACUCUGCUGGCCGCGUAUCGCGGCUGGCACGUCGCGCAGCGGCGGGCCACCACAAAGAGUGCCGCCACUACCCCCACAGACGCUGCCGCGACUACCGCGCCUGAAUACCCUUCCUGCCUUCGCCAGCUGGACGGGUGCUUGUAUCACAAGGAGCGCGCGCAGUGGAUUCGCCUGGCUGAGCCUUCGAGCAUCCUUGCCGCAGCUCUGCUUCAGCUCUAUCGGCCCCUUCCGCCCAGCAUGCCCUGCACACCAACGACCACAAAGGGCGCAGCUGCUGUCACGGCGUUUGAGCUGAGCAAGCCUGUCGACAGCGAAGCAGCAGCGGCGGCAUCCGUCACACCCCAUACCGCCUUUGCUGUGGAAGGCGCACCCACUGCAUCAUCGCUGGACAUGCGCUCGGCCACGCGAUCGGGACCGCCGCCGCUGCUGUCGAUGGUAAGCCAGCUGUCACCAGCAGAGGCGCUCGGGGUGCUUCGCCAAGGCGUCAGAUCCGAUGCGGCAUGGCCCACGUCGCUAAAGUGCACGCUCUCUGGGUAUCAGUCGGUGGUGCACCUCGGCGUCGGCGCACCUGCCGGACUCGCAGGUGGGGCGGUGGCGACACUCAGCAGUGCCGCUGGUGUGGGAAGCAUGAUCGGUGGUGGCACCGGCAACGCGGAGCCCACCAUCACCGUGGACGUCCUCUUCCCCCUCAGCUUUGCAGCCCUUCACGUGCUCUACACGGACGGCGCUCCCUUCGACAUUUGUGCGGCGCUGGGGCGGUGUCGGCCCUUUAGCACCGACGGCGGCAAGUCGCAUUCGAAAUUCUUCGUUACGCAGGACGGACGCCUUCUCAUCAAGUCCGUGAAGCCAACGGAGCUGCGCCACUUCCGAGAGUGGGCACCCCGCUACUUUGCAAGGAUGGAAGAGCACUACACGUCGUUGCAGCGGCAGCAGCAGUCGUCUGACGGUGAGACCUGUGCGCACCUGUUUGAGGCGCAGUCAACGCUGGGAAAGAUAAUGGGCCUCUACGCCGUUCACGUGCAAGGUUCGCGCAGCAGAGCUUCGGCGUCGCCCACCACGUCCUCCGGCGCAGGGCUUGGCGAUGCCACACCGCCGCUGUGGAGCCUCCUUACGGACGGAACGCACUGCUUCAUGGUGGCCGAGCAGCUUCUUUUUCAGCGCCCAGUGCGAGAGAAGUGGGACCUAAAGGGUAGCCAGCGCAACCGCACAACAGAGCAGACGGCUGCGGUGCGCCUUGAUGUCGACCUUGUUCAAGAGCGUCUACGGCUGGGCGACUUCUUCUUUUGCACGCCGGAGGCGAAGUGUCUCUUGAUGGACCACCUCUCCCGCGACACCGCGCUGCUGGCGGACUGCGGCAUCAUGGACUACUCGCUCAUGGUCUCCGUCGGCGACGGCAGCGUGUGCGUGGGCAUGAUCGACUUUCUGCACCCGUACUCCUCCGUUAAGGUGCUGGAGUCGAAGAUGAAGUCCAGCCUAGACACAAUGCUCGGCUACACCCGCCGCGACCCAACCAUCAUCGAUCCAGCAAGCUACGCAGCGCGGUUUAUGCUCUGGAUGGAUGGCUACUUCAACGGCGUCCCAGAUCGGCUGUACCCGCUUACCAGUGUGCGGCAGCUGAAGGAGUACCGUGAAAGCGGUGUGGUCGAAAAGAGGCCCCACCUCCCCACCUCUGUCCAGUGA